AUGACGUCCUUCAAUGGCCCGUGGUCCAGCGAUCUCGAAGCGUUCAAGAAGUCGGUGCAGUCGAUGCCAGAUCAGUACAAGUCGUCCUUCGCUGCCGCGUCCAAGAGCACUCUCGAAAAGGUCUGCGCCCCAGGUGUCCUUCACAUCUGGGAGACUGAUUCCGAUAUCGACAGCCUACUCCAGCUCACUUCGGUCAUCGCCAAGCUGUGCGACCUCGGCGUGCGCAAGAACAAGGGCGCGAACGAAAGUGAUGGCAGUAUGCUAAUCAUUGCUGAAGAGAGUCGAAGUAGGAACAACUUCGGUCGCAUCUGCCAGUUGGUUGAGUAUCUGACUGGAGCUGAUGGCAAGAAGCAUCUCGAAGGCACCGUGGCGGUGUUCAGCAAGAUUGUCAUAGUGAGGGGAUGGGAUAACGGCGUUCUAUCUGGACAGCAGGAGGCGCUCGAGAAGACAGUGAAGAGAGUCAACACGGCUGUCGAGCAGGUACUGAAGAUGGGCGGAUUGAAGAAGAUAGUUUGGCAUCACGGCGCUGUACUGCACUUCCUGCUACAAUGGAUCAACAUGACAACAUCUCCUCUACGAUCCGCUUUAUCUGCAAUCACCAUCACGGGAUCCCUCAACCUUGCAGACGGAAUAGCACCUUCGAUAUUUGGACGAGCGAACAAACUGCCAGAUCUCGAGCGCCUGGAACAGUUCGCGAAGAAACUGGACAUACCCGUUGUCUUCCUCGAUGCACCUAGUCAGAUGCUUAACUUCGAGUAUCUCGGUACGUAUGUGUACUACUACGCUUACUACAUCAACACGUUCCUUCCUACCUCGCUGUCGCGGCCUCACCUCCACAAAGCGCAAGAUGAGCUCGUUACCUUUGCAUUCCGGCUCCGCGCUGCGAGUGAAGGCAGGUACGGCAGUGACGCAGUCAAGAUGGUGCAAAAGCACCUCGAUGCGGGUAAAGCGAAACACUGGGCAAGAAUGUGCGUGAGCAAAGAAAACUACGAGAAGAGCAAGUGUCGCGCAGCCGGCAAAGACGAAGCCAUACACCACGCUGUUCAGCUAGCCGAUAGCCCAUUCGCCCUUCUAGCCCACGGCGCAGGCGUCCCUGCAUUCGCCAGACUAGCAGUCGGUCCCGCCUCUGCUUCCACACAAGACUGCUACACCGCAGCGCCCGUCAAUAUCGCCUUCACUAAGUCGCAAAUCCGACCCACCAGCCCAGCGACCUUCCACAUCCUCAUCCCACAGUCAUCCCAGGAUCUCGAAAAAGUCACAAACCGCGUCCAGGGCCUCAUGAUGGCCGUGCUAGAGCGCGUAAGACAGGAGAAAGGUAACCCUGUGCUCGGAGACUCGGAGAAAGGGAUGUGGAAUGCGGUUGUCAAGGCGUGUGAAUGGGCGAUUGGAGGAUGCGACGAGAGCAAGAUGCCCAAGGGUGUGGCGAAGAAAGUUGGAUUCGUCAAGGGGAAGUUGAGGGAGGGUACCUGGGGGUUUGCGCUGAAUCCACCGAAAGAUGUGGGGAAGACGGCUACAACUAAUGUGUCUGCGGUGGCUGCGAUGCCGGAACCGAAUCGCACGUAUGGGUUUGGACAGAAUACGCAACAGACUAGGGGGUCGCACCUGGCAUAUAAUAGGGCUGAGCAGCAGCAGAUGCAGAUGCCGCAGCAAGGCUUUAGAAGAGGAAUGCCAAUGCCACAGGGGCCUAUGCCGAGUCCUGUUCAGGGCGCUGCGUAUGCGCAGCAGAUGCCUGGCCAGAUGCCAGCGCAAGGUAUGUACACUGGUGGUCAGGGUCAAGAAGAGGCUGGCCACCUUGGCGCGAAACCCCGUCGUCGUUUGUGGAAUACUGGGCUUGAAGAUGACGACCUCGUUACCGUGAGCAAAGAUAGUACACCUAGUCCCACCGCAAGCACUCUCUUGAUCGAGUUUGAACUUGAGGAUAUUAAGCUGGCAACAGAGAUGAACGAGAAGUGGAUGAAGGAGUUCAGUGAUGCAGAGAGAGCGAAGAAGAUGAAGGAACUGCUGGAUGAAUGCACUGCCAAGAGGGAGGAGAGGGAAAGAGCAGCGGUGGAAGAAAUGAAGAGGAGAAUGGAGGAGGAUGACGAAGAGGAACAAUAUAAGGGAAAAGAAGGCCGUCCCAACAAGCAGCCCCGCGGCAUUGGCAAUUCGGGAAACUCUUGCUACAUGAAUAGCGCUUUGCAGAACCUCGUCCAUCUUCCAAAGUUCUGCAACUGGAUAAAGCAGCAUAACGACGCAGCGCUGGGCGCGGAUUGGCCUUGUCGCGCAAACGAUCCGAAUCGCCAUCUCCCAGUGAGCCAAGCGAAGGAUCAGGUGCUCGUUAAGAUGGGAGAAGACAUUAAGCAAUGUGUGGCUUGCCUAGUAAAGGCUUUUGUCCUGGACUACUGGUCGGACGCGCGGGAUAAUGCGAAUCUCAUCAAGUUCCCCCACACACGUCCUAGUGUCAAAGCGUUGAACGCCAUGGCUAGACGCUGGUUCACUGAGCCCCCCAGCUCCUCUGGACUUACUAAAGCGCAGGGAGAAUCAAAGAUUGCUUUCAUGAAUCGAAGGCUUAACAACGAGUCCCGCAAUGACCGCAUUGGGCGCAUGAGAAACGCUGCUGGCCAGCAAGAUUCUGAUGAGUUCUUGAUGAGGUUGCUAAAUGCGUGUAAAGACAGUAUCGAUCCUGGUAAUCACCAACGACUGGACGAGUUCAACUACCUCUUCACUCUGACCCGGCAUGAAGAAAUGCGGUGUACACAUGGCAGUUGUACCCACCUCCACUCCAUCGACAACUACGACAUCACCAAAGACCUUGGCUUCUCAAACGUCAUGAUUGCAAAGAAUGGCCAUAAUCAUCCUGAUCUGCAAACUGCCCUGGUAAACUCGACAUGGCUGGACAUCGAAGAUAUGCCGGUAACAUGCGGAGCCUGCAAUCAUACGGGAGAUGUCAAGAAGUUCAAAACGAUCGAAACUGCACCCGAGUAUCUUCGGAUUAAUCUGGAACUAAACACUUUCGACAAGAAUGGAGACCAAGUAUUCGACAAGGAUGACCAAAGUCUGCCGAUCAAGAAUACACAUCCCAUCAUCAUUCCCAACGAGCUCGACCUCACUGCGCACGUUAGUCCUCCGUCUUCACAGCUCCGAUACAAGCUCAUUGGCAAGAUCGUUCACUCCGGUAACCUCACACGAGCGGGUCAUUACACUGCAUGUGUGACAACCUGUCCUCGAAAAGGCAGACAGAAGAAGGACAGUCCACUACCAAUAAAACACUACUUUAUCAAUGACGAUCACCCUCUCUUCCCUUUUCCAGGAAACGACAUACACCCGCUCACUCAUAAUCCGGAGACCCAAGGUGACACCGAUUUUGAGGCCUCGACUCUGAUAUACGAAAGAUUACCCAACAAACCAGGGCCAGUUGCUGAGCUGUAUGAGCCACCUGAGAGAACUGGCGUUUUCGGGGUCGUAUGGAGGAAGGGGAAGAAGGAAGGGAAUCAGGGUGAGAAGAGAAAGAGUGAUGAGAUAGAAGAUGAGAAGGUCGAGGAGAAAAAUACCAAGGAGACAGAUGAAAGUAAGGGCAAGAAGGAGGCAUCUGAUUUGCAAAGUCAGGAGCAGAAACCGAAGAAACGGUCAAAGACUUCCGAAUCUACUGAUCAAAGCUCUUGGGAUACCCUCCGUCAGGCUUACAAACUGACAAAGAUCCCCGGACCUCUGGACCAGCGCAUUUGGACUGCCCAUAGUCAGCUCGAUGGUUUGUCGAAAACCCACUCCUAG